GCUGCCGAUCCGCCGUCAGCGUUCAUCUGGGUUCCAUCCCUCCCUCCCGCAUCCCGAGCUUGCCCCUCCCCCACCUGGAGGCCGCUGCGUUCUCGACCUUUGCUGAACCAUGUACUCGGCUGUGCCAACAUCUGUCGGCACUGGCGCCUCGCCGAAUUGGGAGGCUCUCCGGAAACAAGCCCGGCAGCUGGAAAACGAAAUCGAACUCAAGCUCGCCACCUAUGCCAAGCUCGCCUCGACCUCAUCCGGCUCCACCCCGCUGGCGGCCUCAUCAUCUUCGACGAAUGUGCUUGCCGCUCCUGCACACGUGUGGACAUCUCCUGAUGUCGCCGAGCUCGAGGUCGACGAUCUGCUCAAGAGGCUCACCGCGGUCGUCAAUUCCAUGGCCGAUGUUCUUGAAAACUCGCCUGCCGGAGUUCCUUCCAAUUCAUCUAUGAUGCAUAUGCUCCAACGACACCGCGAUAUACUCUUUGAUUACACCAAGGAGUAUAAGAAAACAAAGGCAAACAUAGUAUCGGCCAAGGAGCACGCCGAGCUCCUGACUACAAUCAACAAUGACAUCAAUUCAUAUCGGUCCGGGGCAUCGGCGCAGGAUUUCUAUCUUUCCGAACGCAAUCGUAUCGACAACUCGCAUAGCAUGACAAUCAACAUUUUGGAACAAGCUUAUGAGGCUCGCGCGUCUCUAGCAGCCCAAGGCCGGAUGCUUCUUGGAGCACAGGGUCGGUUGGGAACAAUCAUGGCACGGUUCCCGGUCAUCAACAAUCUGAUGAGCAAAAUCAACCUCAAGAAGAAGCGGGACGCUCUGAUACUCGGGGCGGUCGUGGGCGUGUGCACUUUUAUAUUUUUUUGGUACUUUUUCACUCGUGGAUAGGCGCGGUGGCCGAGAACGAAGAAGCGCGGCUGUAGCUUGCUAUUCUCACUGCCGGCAUCAAGCUACUGCACUCACGCCUGUCCCUGCUAUAUCUAGCUCCCGUGUUUGGAUUAUCGUCACCCUGGACAAGUCAGAAGAAGCACGGGUUGGUUUGAGGGGGCAGGCUUUUAUUUCAACUGGGAGCAGGGCGAACCUGUACUUUGAUCCAGCUCGCGGACUGUAUGGUCUUGACUGUAGGAUUGGCUCGGGCAAUCGUUGUGGCCUUGUCCUGUACAACUAGACGCUCAAUACACCUGGCCGGCCUCCUGUGGCGAUCGA